AUGAACAAAAGAGACACUUUCUACUACUGGUACUUUAUCAUCCACAUCCCAGUCACUGUCAUUAUGGACCUGACAAUGGUCGUCCCUGAACGGUUCCAGCCUGGCUGGCAACAGACUCUUGCAGCAUUCCAUAUCAACACCAAUAAGGACUUUCUUCUUCGGGAAAUGCCCUUAUGGUUAUACAUUUCUGCUACGUUUGAGCUUUUCGUCCAAUUACCUAUCUUCUUUAUUGCAGCACGGGCGUUGAAGCGCAAUUGCCAGAAGGUCUACGUGUUGAUGACCGUAUACGGGUUCAAUGCCUUCUUCACCACGUUAUUAUGCUUGGCUUACGUGUGGAGAGACGCUUCAUCGUACGGCUUGACCACUGGAGAAAAGGCCAACUUGCUUGGUCUCUACACGCCAUACUUCUUGAUUCCGUUGUUCAUGAUGGUGGACUGUGGAGUAAGAGCCACCCAACUCAUAGGCAAACCCAAAACGGAGUAA